AUGAUCUCAGAAUAAUAAUCAAAAUUUACUCAAUUGCUAGAAUGUUUAUAAAACUAAGAUAUAGAUUCGUUAUUAAAAUAAUUUGGUGAUAUAAAAAAACAAAUAAUAGAUUAUUAAAGAGUUUUAGAAAACCUUUUAAAAAACAUUAUAAUAAUAUCAAAAGCCUAAUUUAUCGACAAAGUUAAAAAUAUUACAAUUAAGAUUUAAAAUGGUUUUAAAACUUAUUCAUUUGAAAUCAUUGAGAAUAAUUCCUCAAAAUUUUAAUAAUUACAUCUUCCUCAAAUAGAAAAUUUACCUUAAUAUUGUAAAGAGCAUCCUAAUGAUCCAAUAAUUUUAUUAGACUUACAAGAAUAACCAACCAAGCCAGAUAGAAUUGCCUGUUUAAAAUGUAUAAAGAAUUCUCCAGCUAAAUAUGAAACUUUAGAAAAUGCUGAGCAAUAAUGGAUAUUAUGGCUAACUUAAAAAUAAAAUAAUUGUAAUGAUUAUGUCGAAAAAAUGCAGGAGAGAGCUUUACAGUUAACUAAUUUUCUGGAAGAAUGCAAACGAAAAAUGACUUAAUUAUUGUAAUCAAAAUUGAUGAAAAUUAAUACUAAAACCAAUAAAUAAAUUAAAUAGAUUAAGGAAUCUUUUAAAUCUCCAAAAGAUGCACGAAUACUUGAGGUUAGUGUUUAGGAUUUAAUUAAUAUUGCAUAAGACAUCAGUAAUUCGUAAAACUAAGAAUUAUUUUCAGAUCAACUAUAAGCAAGGUUUAAUCAAUGGAAUGAAGAAAAUGGUUAAUUUUUAAAAGAGUUAGAAUUAACAUUUUUUAGUUUGAUCAUUAUAGAGUAAAAAGGAUUAAGAAAAAAUUUCAAUAGAAAAUUGCAUGCAAACAACACAUCCAAUCAUCCAGACUGA